AUGUUCUUCUUCUUCACUUUUCUCUUUUUCCUUGUUUUUGCUUCCUGGUUCGUCUCCUACCUCCUUCCUAGGUUUAUCUGGGAACUGUUUCGAAUAGAAGAUCUUUCUUCGAAGGCAGUGCUCAUUACCGGAUGUGAUUCGGGAUUUGGAAGAGAACUAGCGCUUCGAUGCGUCGACGAAGGAUUUACUGUAUUCGCCGGUUGCUUGACUGAGAAGUGCUCAUCUCCCAAAUUGCACACCAUCUCUCUGGAUGUGAGAUCUGAUGAGAGCAUUCGGAAAGCAAAAGAAUAUGUUCUUAAAUUAUGGGGCGUCGUCAACAAUGCCGGUAUCUUCUCGUGCUUUGGUCCAGAUGACUGGACGACCGUUGAUGACUAUGUGAGGGCCGCCGACGUGAAUACUUUUGGUGUGAUUCGAGUAACACAAGCUUUCAAAAAAUAUAUAAAGCAUUCGGAGGGAAGAAUCGUAACGGUAUCAUCGGUGAAUGGGCGCCUGUCAACACCAGCAGCUGGGCCUUACGUAGUCAGUAAGUUUGGCGCCGAAGCCUAUAUGGAUGCGAUCAGGCAAGAACUAUACGGAUUUGGAGUGAAGGUUUGCAUCCUAGAGCCGGGUAUCUUCAGGACUGCUUUGAUCGAUAAGCACGCGAUGAUCAGCCGAGUCGAGAGUGUUUGGUCAAAACUCGACGACGAAACAAAAGAGGAAUACGGUGAAAAGUAUAAGAAUUAUUUCGAAAGAAUGUGGAAUGAACGUUACUGGGAGAUGAGCUCAUCGAAGACACACUAUGUGAUCAGCAACUACAUUCAUGCGCUAACAGCGAGAUAUCCCAGACAUCGCUACUACUGUGGAUGGGAUGCGAUUCUGGUGUUCAUUCCACUGUCAUUGCUGCCGACGUGGUGGUCCGAUUUUGUGAUUCGAUGCAUCGGCCAUCAAGACGUUUUGCCUGCUGUCAUGGAGAAGCAGCUGAAGAAAACGAACUAA